UCUUGAUCGGUGCCAGCGUCAUAAUGCUUCCUUCUCAUCAAGGCUAGCCGCAGCCAAACGGAUCUCUCGAAAGACAACUGCGCCGCUUCUCCAACAAGUCACACUUCACGUCCUUUACUUUACUCCACUCCCCAGAUGCCACCGGAGAGGCUCAGCAAAAGUUGUUCCCAAAGUGAUACGCCCGGCUUUGGUGCUGCUGACGGCGAAGAUAAUGCGAAGAUGAGGGGGAAAGGACCGGAAGACGGACAUAUCGGCCGGUGGACAACGGAUGACCAGGCAUGCAGUGUCCAUACCGGCAACAGUGGACUUUGUCUCUCUUCCGAUCCCCUGCUCCAUUCGGUCUCCCUGGGUUUGGUUCAAGUCGCGACUCGGCGCAGUAGUCGGGCGUAGAGGACGAUGUCAUUGACGUUAUGGAACUACGUUUUAUCAUGCGAUUGUCUGUCUGUCUGCCUGUCUGUCUGUUCCUCUCAUCCUUCCAAUCCAAAGAAUUGCAUUAUCCGAGGCCUUCUCUGGAAUGGAAAGAGUUGCGCUUCGAAACAGGACGUUAGACUGGCGGAGCUGCAUUCCGAACCACUCAGGCAAACGAUCCCCGGUACUUGCGCGUAUACUGGACCAGAAGUCUGCCGGUCGAUUGAGGUACCCAAGCUUCAAAUAUCUCGUCUCAAGUAUUACGGACUGGGCAUUCCUGUCCCAAAUAUCACGAUCUGUUGGAGCCAACACUCAACUCACUCUCGAAAAGAACCGCGUUCAGACAAGGGGCAUAAUUAGGGACAUGGGAC